GAAGUUUCUCCACGACCAUAAAGAGGGCUGACUUUUCUGCUGAGUGGGCACUUCGCACCCUAUAUACCCUGUUUAUUCUUUACUGUAUGGGACUUGGCAGCGUCUCCCCCCCUUUCUUCUCCUUCUUCGCCUUCCUCGUCACGUUAUAGGGUGUGAAGAUCACAAGCAGCCAACAUGUCUGAGGGAAAGAAAAUGACGUCCAGCCGCAGGCAUCACCUGAAGAGUCUGAUGCUGCAGAUCGCGGCCACCUGGAUCGAGCAGGAGAAGAAAGACAUCGAGGCGAUGAAGGAGGCCUACAUGGCAGAGAACUGUCCCAGCCCUGACCUCAACCAAGACCAGGCAACCCUCAUGGAACUGUGCAAAAAGCUCCACCAGGCCAUCGACAAGAUUGAUGACGUGAGGUACGAUGCCGAGGCCAAAGUUCAGAAGGCCGACAAGGAGAUCGAGGAGCUGAGGCUGAAGGUGGUGGAGCUGGCUGGAGUGAAGAAACCCGCCCUGAAGAAGGUGCGUAUGUCUGCUGACGCCAUGCUGCAGGCUCUGCUGGGAGGAAAACACAAGGUGACCAUGGACCUGAGGGCCAACCUGAAGCAAGUCAAGAAGGAGGUCAAAGAGGAGUCAACAGAGGCAGUCGACUGGCGUAAAAACAUUGAGGAUAAAGCCGACAGGAAGAAGAUGUUCGAGACUUCCUAAAUCCCUCCUGGACUGGAGAGGACGACGGCAGGGGAGACAUUACUGUCCGAGGUCUGAGACUGAAUGUAUGUGCGCCAGAGUCCUAGCAGGACACACAGGGACAAGAGUUUUUUUUUUUUUUUGUGAUACAGUCACUCCGAGAGAGACUGAACUGAACCAAAGUAACAGUUACAAGAUCUGACAGAAACACAUCAGUUCGAAAUGUACAAGUUUUCACUGAGUCAUCAGAAAUAAAUGUUUUGAAAUAAGA